UCCUACAGGGUCACAUGUUGAAUGGUGUAAACAGCUUAUAGCUGCUACAAUUUCUAGUCAGAUUUCAGGUUCAGUGACAUCAGAGAAUGUUUCCAGAGAUUACAAGGUUUUCAGGAGGCCUGAUAUAAGGGCGAUACAGGAGGAACACAAUGGCUACCCUUCUGAAGCUGAAGCUGAUCAGGUGGCUCUGAGGGAUGGAAAUAAGCUGGCACAGAUGGAAGAAGCACCACUUUUUCCAGGAGAAUCAAUUAAAGCCAUUGUGAAAGAUGUCAUGUAUAUCUGCCCAUUUAUGGGAGCAGUGAGUGGAACCCUGACAGUGACGGACUUUAAGAUGUACUUCAAAAAUGUAGAGAGGGACCCACACUUCGUCCUUGAUGUUCCCCUUGGAGUGAUCAGCAGAGUUGAGAAGAUUGGAGCACAGAGCCAUGGAGACAAUUGUGGUAUAGAGAUUGUGUGCAAGGACAUGAGGAACUUGCGACUUGCCUAUAAACAGGAGGAACAGCACAAACUUGGGAUAUUUGAAAACCUCAGUAAACAUGCAUUUCCUCUUUCCAAUGGGCAGGCACUAUUUGCGUUCAACUAUAAAGAAAAUUUUUCAGUUAAUGGCUGGAAAGUUUAUGAUCCAGUAGCUGAAUAUAAGAGACAGGGCUUGCCAAAUGAGAGUUGGAAAAUAUCCAGAAUAAAUAGUAACUAUGAGUUCUGUGACACUUACCCUGCUGUCAUUGUUGUGCCAACCAGUGUAAAAGAUGAUGACCUAUCCAAAGUGGCAGCCUUUCGAGCAAAAGGCAGAGUCCCUGUGUUGUCAUGGAUUCAUCCGGAAAGUCAGGCAACAAUUACCCGCUGCAGCCAGCCACUGGUGGGCCCCAGUGAUAAACGCUGCAAAGAGGAUGAGAAGUACUUGCAGACAAUAAUGGAUGCUAAUGCACAGUCACACAAGCUCAUCAUCUUUGAUGCCCGACAAAACAGUGUUGCUGAUACCAACAAGGCAAAGGGUGGAGGAUACGAAAGUGAAAGUGCUUACCCAAACGCAGAACUUGUGUUCCUGGAGAUCCACAACAUUCACGUGAUGAGAGAGUCACUGCGGAAGUUAAAGGAGAUCGUGUACCCUUCCAUUGAUGAUACUCGGUGGCUAUCCAACGUGGACUCGACACACUGGCUGGAGUAUAUAAGGAUGCUUCUUGCUGGGGCAGUAAGAAUCGCUGAUAAAAUAGAAUCUGGGAAGACCUCCGUGGUGGUACACUGCAGUGAUGGCUGGGACCGAACAGCCCAGCUCACAUCACUGGCCAUGCUGAUGUUGGACAGUUACUACCGGACCAUUAAAGGAUUCGAAGCUCUCAUAGAAAAGGAGUGGAUAAGCUUUGGACACAGGUUUGCACUGCGAGUGGGCCACGGUGAUGACAACCAUGCAGAUGCCGACCGAUCACCUAUAUUUCUUCAGUUUAUUGAUUGUGUUUGGCAAAUGACAAAACAGUUUCCUUCGGCAUUUGAGUUUAAUGAACUAUUCUUGAUGACAAUUUUGGAUCACCUUUAUAGCUGUCUCUUUGGGACCUUUCUGUGCAACUGUGAACAAGAGAGAUUCAAAGAGGAUAUACAUUCAAAGACUGUAUCUUUAUGGUCUUAUAUCAAUAGCCAGCUAGAUGAAUUUUCUAAUCCCUUUUUUGUGAAUUAUGAAAACCACGUCUUAUAUCCUGUUGCUAGUCUGAGUCACUUGGAGCUAUGGGUAAACUAUUACGUACGAUGGAAUCCACGCAUGAGACCACAGACUCCGAUCCACCAGAAUCUCAAGGAGCUGCUGGCCGUAAGGGCCGAGCUGCAGAAGCGGGUGGAGGACCUACAGCGGGAGGUGGCCACGCGCGUCGUGUCCUCAUCCUCUGAGCGGGGCUCCUCGCCAUCGCACUCGGCCACUCCUGUCCAUACUUCAGUCUGAUAGGACAGCUGCCGUCUUGGGCCACCCCACUACUCCAUGUCUCCCUGGUGGCCCGGGACUUGGCUAUGGCUUCAGAUGUCUCCUGACAGGAGGCCCAGGGACCGCCUGUGUGGCAAGUGCUCUCUGUCUCUGAAUGGCCUGUUACCCCGUCAGCGGCCAUGCCCCAUGACCCGCCCUCCUCCUCUGGGGCAUCUCGUGCCAUUGCCGUCCAAGGUCACCCUCUGUCACAAACAAACCUUGCCAGCUGCAGGGCUCCUUCAGUGCUUUGCCACAACUUGAAGACUGAUCUUCAGUGAAGUGUUCAGGAGAAACAGCCCAUCGCCAUGCAGUCUCCAGUUCCCUUCACGCAAGGGUUCCACUGUGUACAUACAAGGUAUUUUUUAAAGAGAGAAACAGGCCUUUAUUUUCCUAUGUCCUUUUUUAUGUUUAGAAUAGUCACCAGCAGAGGUGUCUGUUCCCUGUUCUGUGAGAGGAAGUUUUUCCGCUCGCCCUGAUGACCUCUGGUAAGCCUGAAGUGAGAAUUAGGACACCAUCACCUCUGUGACAGUGUAUCACCAUCCUCAGCCUAGCUCCUGAGGUGGCCCUGUGCAAUGGCAGGCGUGCUCGGGGCGGGCCCUGCGGCAGGUAAACUGAGGACUGCAGCUUUGUGCAGGUGUCUGUCCCGUGCCUGGGCAGCACGGUGUCUCUCGUUCAUCACAGCCCCCUCACCUCCGUUUACCCGCAUGGCCGCCUGUCCCUGUCUCUCAGCAGCUGCGGGCCAUGGCGGUGGGAGAGCCCAGCUUGCUCACCGCCUCCAGGCCCUGGCAUCUUGGCCCCGCCGUUCUAGGCUCUGGCUUCUGCACUGCCAUGGUCCCACGAGACUGAAUUCAUGUGCACACUGGGCCCAUCUCUGCAGGUCACCGGAACGCCACCAAGCACAGGAGAGGUCAGCUGCCUGAGAAGCUCGCAGGGUCCCUGGGCGCCACACAAAGUCCUACGUGUUAGUUUUGAAAAUAGAUUGUUCAGAAAAGUUUUCUAAGGUCAAUUACACAGAGAAUAGAUAUUUCAACUUGGAAACUUCCGAUUCUUACAGACGAUUCCCCUUCUAUAAACUAUUUGAAGGAUUUAUUCAAGGCCGCUUGCUCAUUUUUAUCAAGUGAGGAGUUGUCUUGGAGCCACAUGGGCUCCUGGCCCAGCCCGACGCUCACCAGCAGUGAACACACACUACUCGGUCCUCCAACUGCGCUGAGACCACUCUGUGUGGUGUGGACAGGGCCAAGGGUCGCUCCCUGCCAAGAUCAGCCAGGCACCCGGCACCCUGGCACGGGUGGGGUCUGAAGCAGGUCCCAGAAACUCCCACUCGGUUUGAAAAAGCAUAAGAGAGUGCUGCCCCUGGUGUGUUCCACACACAGAACUGUUUCCAGACCAACUGGAAGGCGAGUUUGUUAUCUGAGCUCUUCACUCCUGUUUAAGUGUACUAGAAUGUAAAACCUAUACAGUUUGGGUUUUUAAAACUGGUACAAUACUGUUUCCUCAUCUGAUGCACUGUCUUCUGCCUGUAAUUAAAAUGAUGUUUGCUCCCUAGUCUUCUGCUUGUCGCUCUCAGAGUUUCCCAUGGGCUUUCCCUCAGGGGAAAUGGGAAAAGACAGGGUGACACGACCACAGCGCACAUGUGCAGUGUCUGUGUGUGACUCCAGUUGCUACACCUUACAUGCCAUUUGUCACGAGUCCUGAGUGUCGUGGCUGGAAGGGGGAGA